GCGCGACCCGCGACGUCGCGACGCGUCAACAAUGGCGACUGCGUUAGCGUGAGCGGGCCUCCGUUGUCAAGCGGUUUCCAGACGUUGCGGCGGGAGCCGCAGUCGUCUUAGACCCGGCCGGCGGGGAGCACAGAGCACCUUGUGCUCGCUCCCGCCGCGUUGUGGAUCGAGCGGCGGUGUCAAGACCCAGCGGGGCGAGCCAGCGUCAGUUCGGCCUCUUCGCUCUCCCGGACCCUGCCACUGGGCUAAGUCGGCAACAUGAGCUGCAACAACUUGGAUGAGAACGACGAGUUUGAUGAGCAGUUGCGAAUGCAAGAAUUGUACGGAGGCACUGAGGACGGCGACACCGAGAAAGAUCCCGGUGGAGAAAACGAUUCUUUCCAGCAGCAGUCGACUGACACCCCAUACGAGUGGGACCUGGACAAGAAGGCUUGGUUCCCCAAGAUCACUGAAGAUUUUAUUGCUACAUAUCAGGCCAAUUAUGGCUUUCCUAACGAUGGUGCGUCUAGUUCUACUGCGAAUGUCCAAGAUGUCAGUGCUAGGACUGCAGAAGAACCUCCGCAAAGAAAAUCCCCUGAACCCAGUGAUACCAAAAAGAGGGGAGAAAAGAGAAAGGGUGAAUCAGGAUGGUUUCAUGUUGAAGAGGACAGAAACACAAAUGUGUAUGUGUCUGGUUUGCCUCCAGAUAUUACAGUGGAUGAAUUUAUACAGCUCAUGUCCAAGUUUGGCAUUAUUAUGAGAGAUCCUCACACAGAAGAAUUUAAGGUCAAGCUUUACAAAGAUAAUCAAGGAAAUCUUAAAGGAGAUGGACUUUGCUGUUAUUUGAAGAGAGAAUCUGUGGAUCUUGCAUUAAAACUUUUGGAUGACGAUGAAAUUAGAGGCUACAAAUUACAUGUGGAGGUGGCAAAGUUUCAACUGAAGGGGGAGUACGACGCCUCAAAGAAGAGGAAGAAGUGCAAAGACUACAAGAAAAAGCUGUCUAUGCAACAAAAGCAGUUGGAUUGGAGACCCGAGAGAAGAGCUGGCCCGUCCCGAAUGCGCCACGAGCGAGUUGUCAUCAUCAGAAAUAUGUUUCAUCCUAUGGAUUUUGAGGAUGAUCCACUGGUGCUGAACGAGAUCAGAGAAGACCUGCGGGUGGAAUGUUCAAAGUUUGGACAAGUUAGGAAGCUCCUUCUCUUUGAUAGACACCCUGAUGGUGUGGCCUCUGUGUCCUUUAGGGAUCCGGAGGAAGCUGAUUAUUGUAUUCAGACCCUCAAUGGAAGGUGGUUUGGUGGCCGUCAAAUCACUGCCCAAGCGUGGGAUGGGACUACAGAUUAUCAGGUGGAGGAGACCACGAGAGAAAGGGAGGAAAGGCUGAGAGGAUGGGAGGUUUUCCUCAACACUCCUGAAGCCAACAGAGGCCUUCAGCGUUCAGAUUCCGUCUGGGCUCCAGAAAGGGCGGGGCCUUCUAGAGUUAGGCAUUUUUCAGAGCACCCUUGCACAUCUCAAACGAAUGUUCAAGAAGCCGCAACUGAAAUGGCAUUUGAAGAACCUAUAGAUGAAAAGAAGUUUGAAAAAACAGAAGAUGGGGGAGAAUUUGAAGAAGCUGCUUCUGAAAAAGAUGCUAAAGAAAGUGGCCCUGAAAAAGAGGCUGAAGAAGGCUGUCCCCAGAAAGAAUCUGAAGAGAGCUGCCUCGAAAGAGAGUUUGAGGAAGGCUGUCCCAAAAGAGAGCGUGAAGAAGACUUCCCCGACAGAGAGUCCGGAGAACGCAGCCCCAAGAAAGAGCAUGAAGAGGGUAGUCCUAAAAAAGAGUCGAAAGAGAAUGGCGCAGAAAGAGAGUCCAAAAAGAAGAGACUCAAAACAGAUCCUGAUGAGAACGGCCUUGAGCAGGAGCCUGAGGAGGAGGCCAGCCCCCAGAAGGCAGCUGAAGAUGGCAGCUCAGAACAAGGGUCUGAAGAGUGCUCGGAAAAGCAGUUUGAAGACGACUCUGAAAAAGAGUUAGAAGAAAACGGCCUUGAGAAAGGUUUUGAGGAAGAGGGCUCUGAGAAGGAAUUUAAUGAAAACGUUCUUGAAAAAGAGAUAGGGGAAAAUGACUCUGAAAAAUCAGAAUUCGAAGAUGACAGCUCUGGGAAAAUGUUUGAUGAAGAAGGCUCUGAGAAGGAGUUUGACGAAGAGUCAGAUGAGAAGGAAGAAGAGGAAGAUGUGUAUGAAAAAGUAUUUGACGAUGAGUCGGAUGAAAAAGAGGACGAAGAAGAUGCAGAAGAAAAGGGUCUGGAAGACGCGGAUGAAAAGGAUGAAGAAGACGAUGCAGAUGAAAAGGUGUUUGAAGAUUCAGAUGGAAAAGAAGAUGAGGAAGAUGUAGAUGGAAAGGAAAUUGAAGCCAUAGAUGAAAAGAUGUUCGAAGAUGACGAUUCCAACGAGAAGUUGUUUGAUGACGAUGCCAGUGACAAGUUGUUUGAAGAUUCCGAUGAGAGAGGGACUGUGGGUGAUUUAGGGAAUGUUAAGGAGGAAGGGCCCCUGUCCACAGGCAGCAGCUUUGUCCUCAGUAGUGAUGACGACGAUGAAGACGAUGAUGAUGACGUUUAAUCCCUUAAACUUGCUUUGGAGGGUGAUUCCUCCAUCUCCAUUUUGCCUCUGCUCCAGGGUAAUUAACCAGUAGUGUUACAUGAACGUGUGCAUAGAGGUAGGAUGCCCUCAGAUCAAUGCAGUGAAAUGUGUCUGGUUAUCUGUACUGACCGAUUUUAAAUAUAUGUGAACAAGUCAACUGGAUUCUUGUCUUUUGUCAGAUUUGUUAAGUGCAUGCAGAAUAAUAUUUUUUAAAGUAUUCUGAUUGAAGUUUGUGAUAUUCAGAAAUAAAAAAUAAGUUGUUAAUAUGCAGAAACAGAAAAUUAGACCUAAGUUAAAUUGCAUUUUUCAUUCUUGCUAUUGCUUUAUUCAUGCUAAAGUUUGGUUUUUCUAAGGACCUGAAAAAUCCCUGUAGGAGCCUUCUUGCUUCAGCUUAUGAUGUUACCACUGAUGUCCCCAUUUCCCCUUUCUAAACCAGAACAUGUUACUAAAACUUAUGAAGUAAAGAACACUUCGGAGUUUUUCCCUGCCCAGUCCUCGCAAGUUACUUUUUUCUUUUCUACCCUCUUGCCAUGAAAAUUGAGGCUUAAACAUGCAAAAGUAAACUUCCCAAGGUCCACAGCUUCCAUUGUUGAAAAUACAGAGGAAAUCAGAAUUCUACUGUGUACUGUUUGGACCCCUCUAGAAGCUGAUUAAAGUUACAGGACCUUUACCCAGAAAAAUCUAUGCAUGCACUACACAACCUUUUGUAUACAGUUUGGGGUGGUUCAUGGAUCCCCUGGAGUUUAAGAACUUUUGUCAUGCAUAUUUCAGAUUUUUGCUUUUGAUUUUGUUCUAGAAUCAUCGUAUCUAGUAUAUGCUAAGUUGUGUAGUCCCAAUAAAAAUUUGGGUCUUUCUUGAUUGUGCUUUCCAAAUUCAGUAUUGAUGAAUUGACUUCUGAUGUAGCAUUAAGUUAUUCUCAUAAGUUAGAAGAAUUAAAAUAAACUGCAUUGGUGCUUUCUCAUUA